AUCCUCUUGUUUGAAGCUGUGACCAGAAUAAUUAGUCUAGCGUAUAUAAAAUUUGGACACCGCCAUCUCAUAGUCACAGAAAACGAACCCCAAAAAAGACAGCAGGCAGAGAUGGACGAAAAUCCCUCAGCGGCAGUGGGCGGAGUAGUAAAAACAAGUAAUAGUAGCUCGAUGUGGUCGCGCAGGCCGCCAGUGCGUGUCACGUCUGAGUUCGACAGUGAGAGCUGCUCCUACUUUCACAAGAUUUCCUGCAAAUUCAUGGACAAUUUGGCCAAAUUGAAGCUCAGUUUUCAAAACAACUCCAAAGGACAAGUCAGUGAUCCUCAUCUCACCAUUCUUUCUAAGCAUCUCUCUCUUGAUUAUGAUGUGGAAGAGCAGAAUGCACUUGUUAAGGCCUUCUUUCCUCUUUCUCCGACUUUGCAUCUUCGAGCCACUCGUGAUAUUAAGGCACAACAAGGAGAAUUGGCGGUGGUUGCAGAUCUCACUAGUACAGGCUACAAGUUUGAACUGUCAUCUGCUCUUCCAUCUGGUGGUCUGCCAAGAGCAAGCUUAAGAUUUCCCCUUGGUGAAGUUUCAUUGGAAGAAAAGGAAGAAGACAAAGAUCAUGUGAAGAAAAUGUUAUCGAUAAAUGGAAUUCUCAAGGGUCAACUUUUGAAAGGAGUUUGCACGGCUAUAUACAGGGAUGAGAAAUUGAACAUGAGAUACUCAUAUAAGGAUGAACAAAUGUCUUUCAUUCCAAGCAUUUCUCUUCCUUCAAAUACGCUUUCACUUGCAUUCAAACGCCAAUAUAGUCCUUCAGACAAGUUGAGUUAUUUCUACAACUUCAAUUCAAACUUCUGGAGUGUUGUAUAUAAGCACAAAGUGGGGAAGGACUACAAAUUUAAAGCUGGUUACGAUUCGGAGGUUCAACUUGGUUGGGCAUCCUUUUGGGUUGGAGAUGAAGCUGGUAAAGCGAAGGCAGCCCCAAAGAAGAUGAAAUUUCAGGUCAUGCUACAAGUGCCUCGAGAUGAUAUUAAAACAUCAACCUUAAUGUUACGCUUAAAAAAGAGAUGGGACUUUUGAGGAGGUUUGUAGUGCGAUUAAUCUUGUUGUUCAACUUUAAUCAUAUUUUAUGUGUUUAUAGAAUAGUUCAAUAGCACGUUUAAUGCUUGGAAUGUUUUUAAAUUCUAAAAUCUUUUGCAUACCAUUAUUUUAUAUUAAAUUUAUCCAUUUUAUAUUUGUUA